UACUCACCUUAAGCAGGUUUCGGUAUGAAAUAAAACAGUGACCCAUUUCUAUUGCUGGUUACUUUCUUGGUGCGAUAAUGUGAUUUUGUUUUGUUUUGUUUUUUUGUUUACGGUGUAGGCAGUUUUUACUAUAGGGACAAAUUUGGUUUAAAAGAUUGUGAUGCAUUUUGUUAUUACAUGCCAGUCCAGUUAAAACGGUAGAGGGUGUCAAAGUCUGAAACCUCUGUAUCACAGCACACUAGUGUUACAUGAAGUGUCACAGUUGUGUAUCUCCCAGAACGGGGAGUGGCGAGCGGUGCCCGGGGAGUGGUCCUAGUUCUCCGCAUGUUUCCCUUGUUCAUUAUGCUUACAAACUGAGCGCGUCAAGAAGUGGUACGGAGCUGAUUGUGAAGGUUACCUUAAGUCAGUUCAGUGCACAACUCCAUUUGAAAGCUACGAAAAGGCAAAAACCUAGCGGGACAACCGUAUUCCGCACCGUCGGACCUCUAUAAAGGGAAUGCUUUUAAAUGAAACUGGUGUAACCGCAGGACAAACUUCUCCAAGUAGCCAUCAAACUUUAAAGCACAAGAUACGCAUGGACCUGACCGGGCAGAAGACACUGCUAUCACUAUGGGAGUAGUCUGAAUGAGUGUGCGUUACAGCGAAAAGUGGUUAUUUUGUCGUUCGUAAUAGUCACCGUGUAUUUUUCCAUUUUGUUUUGUGGCACACCAACGGGCAGGACUGUGGAGUCUCUUUUGCCGGUCGCGUGGCUUCUUUGUGUACAGCUGCUGUCUCUACGUGCAUGCUGAAACACCGUGGCCUGGAACAGAAGUCCCAAUCCUCGAGGAAAAGGUCUAACAUCACACAACUGGUUUUAGGCUUUUAAAUCAGGAGCGCCAAUUAACACCAGUGAAAGAGGAUUACCUAAACUUCACACUUCGUUCCUUUCCCUUUCCCCAAGCUAUCCCGCACCGUCCCGACUACAGCUUGCUCGCGUCUCUCCAUUGCUUACAGCGCGUGGAUUGUAAAAAGAGAAAACAAAUUGAGCUCAGUUCAUUGUACAGCUGCGCUCUACACCGAAACAUCAUGGAUGUACGCUUUUACCCGGCUGCCGGAGGGAAUUCUAUUCCUGGAGAUCCACAGAGCCUGGAUUUUUCCCACUGCUUGGGAUACUACAACUAUAAUAAGUUUUCAAACAACAACAACUACAUGAACAUGGCAGAAGCCAACGGAGCCCUGCUUGCGGGUGGUGAUACGUUCCACACCCCCAGCCUAGGAGAUGAGGAGUUUGAGAUCCCCCCCAUCACCCCUCCCCCAGAGACAGAGUCUGGCAUGGGGCUUUCGGAGGGCGACACACCCUUCCCCAACCUGCCAGAGCCCCCACCACCGCAGAGGGGCAACUUCACCCCCCAGUUCCCUCCCCAAAGCAUGGAUCUGCCCUCCAUCACCAUCUCCCGCAACAUGAUGGACCAGGAUGGAUUGCCAAUGAACAUCGGGCAGCCUCACCUUCGCCAGUACCCCCCUAACCCAGCCAUGGUGAUGAGAUCCAUCAUCAACAUGAACAAUCCCAACGGCAUGAUGUCGCGGAACCAGCUGACCACCAUCAACCAAUCCCAGCUCAACGCUCAGCUGGGCAUGAACAUGACUGGACCCAACAUCGCUCACACCUCCCCCUCCCCACCUGCCAGCAAGUCAGCCACACCCUCUCCUUCAAGCUCCAUCAAUGAAGACGAAGGCGAUGAAAGCAAUAGGCAAAUGGCAGGCGAGAAGCGUCCAGCCCCCGAUGCCGGGAAGAAGCCCAAGACACCCAAGAAGAAGAAGAAGAAGGACCCCAAUGAGCCGUCGAAACCCGUCUCGGCCUAUGCCCUCUUCUUCAGAGACACUCAAGCCGCCAUUAAAGGACAAAACCCCAACGCCACCUUCGGGGAGGUGUCCAAAAUUGUGGCCUCCAUGUGGGAUGGUCUGGCAGAGGAUCAGAAGCAGGUCUACAAAAGCAAAACAGAAGCUGCCAAAAAGGAAUAUUUAAAAGCCCUUGCAGCCUACCGUGCCAGUCUGGUCUCAAAGGCAGCAGCAGAGUCAGCUGAGGCCCAGACCAUCCGCUCUGUUCAGCAGACGCUGGCCUCCACCACCCUCUCCCCGGGCCUGGUGAUGCCCUCUCCGCUCUCCCAGCACCCCUCCAUGUCAGCCGCUGCCGCCGCCGCUGCUGCCCAGGCCCUCCAGCUGGCCAUGCCCAGAGCCAUCGCGCCCAAGCCACUUCAGAUGGUCGGGGGCAACCAGAUAGUCACCUCGGUGGCCGUGGCCCACCAGAAUAUGCCCGGUGGCAUCCCCUCGCAGCUGCUGGGGCAGAUGGGCCCAGGGGGCAGGGCUAUGGGAGGUGGCCCACAAGGGUCCGGGGCGGUGCCGCAGAUGAGCCCGCCCAUGCCAGGCGGGCCGCCGCCUCAGCAGCUACAGCACAUCCAGCAGCAGCAGAUGCAGCAGCACCUGCAGCACCACCAGAUGCAGCAGCAGCAGAUGCACCACCAGCAGAUCCAGCAGCAGAUGCAGCAUCAGCAUUUCCAGCACCACCUUCAGCAGCAGCUGCAGCAACAUCACAUGCAACAUCAGCAGCAACAGCAGCAACAGCAGCAACAGCAGCAGCAGCAGCAACAGCAGCAGCAGCAACAACACCUGCAGCAGCAACAACAGCAACAACAGCAGCACCAGUCUCAGUGUUCCCCUGCCCAACACUCCCCUGGCACCCCCCACUCGUCCACGAUGGGCAGCCCGGCCCCAGCCUCGGCCACCCCGCAGCACCACCCCUCGCAGAUCCAGGCCCAUGCCCUCUCCCAAGUCAGCAUUUACUGAGCCAAAUGCACACGUGCGGUCAAUCCUAUUUCAGAGAGAAGGAAUAGAGGAAGAAAAAUAAAAGCAUCAUUCCAAGUUGCUUUUCUAAGUUGCACUUAAGAAGUGUGUAAGAAUUACAAUGUUUUACAAAGAACUGUCCAUUGUUCUAGACGGAUAUUCAGAUGUGUAAAAAAAGAGAGAGGCUAGGAUGGAUGGGGAAAAUAUCUUAAGCUGGACUUUGUCUAUAAAAUAGGCUGUGCUAUGAGAAAGCUGGUUGCUGAGUGCCCGAUUAUCGUUUGUAUGUAAUAUUAGUCUUGCUCUGUUUUUCUCUUGUCGAUUUUAAAAAUGAACUUUGGGGCAAACCCUGGUGUGGCACAGACAGUGAUGUCCAUCGCGGUCACAUGCCCCGGUUUUAUUUAACAAAGCUUUAUUUAUGAGGUCAGUGUUGCCGGGGCUUCGCCCAGCUCUUGGCACAAGUGAGAAGAUCUCAACAAAAAAACUGCACAGGUUUGACCUCUGUGGAUGACACAUCCUGAAGGAGACAUUUUGACAUAAAAAAGGAGGGAACACCUGAACAGAGUGAAACAACACAGCGACAUAGCUGGCGGUCGACACGUUUUCGAACGGUUGUUUCCUUCUUGGCCAGUAUGUUUUGUCAGACUUCUACCUUCUCUCUCUCUCCACCUAUGUUUUAUUUCUCUCCUAACCAACUCCCCCCAGCCCCCACCCCCCACAUUCCUGUAGAUCUAACCGUUCAACAGUUGCCUAAGGGGAGUCGAUCAAUUCACAACGCUUCUCAAACCAAGUGAAGUAUGAGCACAUUCAUCCACUGUUAUCAAGUGUUGAGGACAAAAAGGGAAGUGCAGAGUAGUGUACAUGGUGUCUUGCUGGUUAAGAGGAGUGGACAUAGGUCCACAGGCUGCCAUAGAUCAUUUCAGUCAUUGUACAUCGGCAGACUGGACCCCUUACCUGCUGUACUGUUUUUGUAUAUGGAGGGGAGAGAGAAAAAUCUGAGCUGGUCUAAGCUCAUUUGCUCAAAGGUGUGUAAAUGGCGCUCCAAAAAAGAGAAAGAAAUCCUCCUUUUAUGUAUUUGUCUUUACCUCAGAUGUUUAAUGAACUUAAAUUAUGUUUCUAUUUGUUUUCAUUUUGUAAAAUAAAGUGCAUAUUUUAUGGGGCGGGGGAAACAAAAUUCCAGUUCUAGGUUGAUGGUUUCAUGAUUAAUGUAUUUUUACACUAUUCCUUGAUACCACAAACUUAUCUUAUGACAGAAGAUAAAGAAGAUACUUAGCUGAGACAUUUCGUUGCACUGUCAAAGCCAACAGAAAAGGCAUUGGAGGUAUUUUGUGCCAGCUGUAAUGGAUUCUGUAAAAAUAAAAGAGAAAAAGAUGUACAUUUUUCAUAUCACCUGUUGUAAAGUUUUAAUAUGUGAGGCUUUAAUUAAAACAUUGGUAAACUGACCUGUGGAUUGCUAUAUCACAUAGUGCAUUUCUGCUCUUUUAUACUUUUUUAUGAGUUACAUUAGCAGCGAUUAAUUUGUUUGUAUUUUGCUUACGGAUUAAAAAUCAACUGCUUUUUAAAUCUAUCAAUAGAAUAAAUGCGUUUCAGUAUGGAAUCCAAUAUUUUUGAGCUCUCCAUAGGCAAAUUUAUUUCAGUUUUGCUUGGCCAUUCAAGAAACAACAAGAGACAUUCCGUAACUAAUGUGAUAUUAGCCAUAAUUUUGUAUGGAGUAUUAUAUAUUUCUUUUUGUCUCUUUGUUUGCAAUUAAAAAAACAAAACAAUCACAAAUAUUUAUUUCAAAGAAUCAGUUCAUUUCUCAGAUGAUCUCAGCCAUAAUUUUGUACGAAGCAUCUCAUCCUGUUUCCAUGUUGGCCAUUUGAAAAUAAAAAUGUCAAUGUCAA